CAGUGGUAACUAUUCAGACCGAUGAACAAGCCACGACGGACGAUUUCCUGGACACCGGACUAGGCGUCGUUCCCUCACUCACCCAGGUGACGAUAUGUGUCAGAUAUCGUCUACUGCACGUUGGGCCGGACAACGGGCCAAUACUGAGUUACUUCGCUGAUGGCUACGAUAAUGAGAUACAACUGUGGGUGAACUGGAGGCGGCAGAUAGUGGAGUUUAUGUGCUGUAAAUACCGCCUCCAAGUGGAGAUGUCCCUCCCUGUCGAGAUGUACAAGUGGCACCAUGUGUGUUAUGCUGUUGACCUUCAUUCCAUGAGGUCCUGGCUGGCUUAUGACGAUCUGUACCGGGAGGCGACGGUGAAGACAGAGUCUCCUGAGCAACUGAAUAUCGCUGGUGGCGGGCGCUUCGUCAUGAACCAAGACCUGGACAACAUUGAGGGAGGUUUCAACGUCCGUCAGAGUGUUCACAACGACGUGGCUCAACUCCUCCUGUACCGUGAGGUUCUGCCCCCUGCCUACCUCAAGGCCUACGUCAAAUGCCAGGAACCUGAGACCAACGUGAAGCCAUUUCUCUACUUCGACGAGGGCAUGACCAUGUUCACCCAAAGAGGUCGUGUCCGUGUUUCUGUGGCGCCGCUGGAAUCCCUCUGUCAGGAAGACGCCAGCAGACUUGUGAUGCUCCCGGAGAAAAUGAAUUUUGAUUCCGCCUUCGCCGCCUGUUCCGGGAUGAAGGGGUUGAUGGCUAUACCGACCAGCGAGGAGGAAAACACCCAAAUAUUCGACGAAUUUUUUAAGUUUAAUGACCUGUGUGUGGAUUCCUUCGGGACGCUCUACUGGCUCGGGUUUAAAGGUGACCUCAACACUGAUGAAUGGCUGACCGUGAACACCAACCAGCACCUCACUUGGGAUAAACUAGCCACCGGGUUUGAUAAAGUCAAAGCAGGUCAGUUGUGUGCUAGUGUAGGCGGCGCUGACUUCCCCUAUGACUGGUACAGCACACCUUGCCAGUACCUCAUGUGUCCUCUCUGUAACUUCACCGCUACACCAUCGUUCAGAGUGCGGGGACUGUGUAAGGAUUCAGUUAUCGACAGAAAUCUCUUCCUUAGAGAUUAUGAAAACAACAAACCACAAUUCCAUGGGCCGCAUUUCACUGGCGUCUCCUGGGACAGGGACAACGCCACCUGGAAGUUGACAAGUAGAGGCCACGAGAACCUGACGGGUUAUAUGGUGAUGAAGGUCCCCACCGAAUAUCCUGUCGGCGUUCACUCCUGGAUCAUCACAGGCGACAAGUGUGUUGCGAGUGAGCUGGAGGUGUUGAUAACGGCGUGUGGUGAGGAGGAGUACACCUGCAACGACGGCGCCUGCAUCAGCAAGACACAACGCUGUGAUUUGGCAACUAACUGCCCCGACAGGAGUGACGAGCUGAACUGCCACCUGGCACAAAUCCCCAGCGGCUACUCCCUGGAGAUGCCUCCACCUAAGGAUCAAAACACGCCAGUUCCCGUCCGCAUCCUCGUCGAAAUCACCUCCGUCAGGAAGAUCGAUAUCCUGGGCUUCAAGAUGGUGCUGGACAUCAUUCUAAGACUGUUCUGGCGGGACGGGAGACUGAGCAUGAAGAACCUGAGGAAGGAUCUUAACUCUAACAAAGUCCAAGAUCUGAAGAAACUGUGGAUACCGCUACUACAGGUUGAGGACGGGGCGAGGAGUCUGGCGGACCUCUUGCUCAGGUCGGAGUCGCUGUUGGUGCAGAGGGAGGGGAGCCCCACCGCUGACGACGACUCUAGACUGUACGAAGACGACGUGUACCUGGGCUCGGAGAACACGAUGAUGCUGUACCAGGUGUAUACAGUCGACUUCACCUGUCAGUUCCAGUUACGGCUGUACCCGUUUGAUUCUCAGGUGUGCUCCGUCGCCUUCAGUCUAAUUGGUGUCUCUCCCUCCUUCGUCAUCCUAGAUAAGGAGGAAGACGGUGUGAUCUUCACGGGCAAGAAGAAGCUGUUGGAGUACGAGGUCACGUCCUUCACCAUGACCCCUGUGGAUGACCCUCUCAAGUCCGGUCAGAGGGUGUCGCUGAAGCUGAAGAACCUCUCCGGGUACUACAUCAGCAGCACCUAUGUACCCACUCUCCUCUUGGUCACCAUCUGUUACCUUACACUCUACUUCGACAUUGCUGACUUUACGGACCGGGUGAUGGUGUCGCUAACAUCCCUGCUGGUCUUGGCUGCCCUUUUCUCCCAGACGAGUCAGUCCAUCCCCAAGACGGCCUACCUUAAACUCAUCGACUUGUGGUUCGUCUUCCUCAUCGUCGUCGAGUUCGUCAUCGUCCUCGUCCUCGUCAUCGUGGAGAACAUGAGACUCAGGAAGAACAAAGUCUUCCCCAGCAACGUGACGGUAAUCUCGGUGACUACUGCGUCAGGAGAUAAAUUUCCCGCCGAGACGAAGAAGAGACACGUCGAGGUAAACAGAGCCGCAGUAUUAACCAACACCCUGGCAAAGGUUUUACUACCCUCUCUCAUCACGCUCUUCAUCCUGGGCUACGCCAUCGUCUGCUACGUCGCCUCCAGGUGAAGGGUCUCUGGACAAGGCCAUAACCACACAACACUACGGCUCCAUGUUGGCCACCUCGCACCUGUUGUAACCAUCAUGUCUGGGCCACAUCCACCACCGCACCUUUUUAUACAUACCACAUCUUAAAGCCUCGACAAUUUACCGAAUUUAUUGAGUAAAAACACAGACACACUCCACAGAAUACAACUACAGUAAGUAACGCAACUCAUUCCUCCCUCAUUCCGUCCUCAUGGAAGCAUUAUAAACCACUCUUGUCCAGUUAUUGCCGGAGGAAUUUUGUAAUGAUAGAAACCCUCGUGAUUGCAUAGAAGAAAUAUUUGAAUCACUUUCUCCAAUACAAAAUACAAAACAAAAACAGUUUACUUGGUCUUGUAGGAAGCCAUCAACAAGUGACUUACUACAUAACAGGUGUAACACGUAUAUACCUGACUGAAUAAACUCCAACACCUGAGAAUUUAUGAUGAACUAGACUUUAGAGCACUUAGACGAUAUAUACAAGAUAGAGAAUUAGUGUAGCAUUUAUGGAUUUUUUUUUGGGGGUUGGUUGUGUUUAUGCACACUCGAUG